UGUGUUGGGGGGAUGGGGCCGUGCCGAGGAUGAGAGACUCUAAAUAUUUACCACUUGGCUAACUAAAUAUCUUUAUUUCCGAACUGGACUUCCCUUAUUUCCGGAGAUAUCUAUACUUUUCGAUCACGUAUGAGUUUAGGUCUAAUUGAGUAAAAAUAAAGUGGAGUAGCCAUACGUCCACGGCACACGUUAAAAAGUCGACAAAAUGUAUUCCUCUGCUGGAGCUUCUGAGAUGCUUGAGGGACCCCGGUCCUCUGGGUCAGUAAGCUCUGACCCCCCAUCUUCCCCUGUGCCAGAAUAUGUGUUCAAGCCACCAUCCCGGCCAGAUUUUGGCACCAUGGGUAGAACAAUCAAGCUCCAGGCCAACUUCUUUGAGAUGGAAAUCCCCAAACUGGAGGUCUAUCAUUAUGACAUUGACAUCAAGCCUGAAAAAUGCCCUAGGAGGGUCAACCGUGAAAUAGUGGAGCACAUGGUCCAGCACUUUAAAACACAGAUCUUUGGUGAUCGAAAGCCAGUGUAUGACGGGAGGAAGAAUCUCUACACUGCCAUGCCCUUGCCCAUAGGCAGAGACAAAGUGGAGCUUGAGGUGACCAUUCCUGGUGAAGGCAAGGAUCGCAGCUUCAAAGUAUCAAUCAAGUGGGUGUCCUGCGUCAGUCUGCAGGCUCUGCAUGAAGCACUAUCAGGGAGGCUGCCCAGUGUCCCCUUUGAGACCAUCCAGGCCUUGGAUGUUGUCAUGAGACAUUUGCCCUCUAUGAGGUAUACUCCUGUGGGCCGCUCUUUCUUCACUCCCUCAGAGGGAUGUUCAAACCCACUUGGUGGUGGCAGAGAAGUGUGGUUUGGUUUCCACCAGUCUGUCAGACCUUCCCUUUGGAAAAUGAUGCUCAACAUUGAUGUUUCGGCCACUGCAUUCUACAAAGCCCAGCCUGUUAUUGAAUUCAUGUGUGAGGUCCUGGAUUUCAAAAGCAUUGAAGAACAACAGAAGCCCUUAACAGAUUCUCAGCGAGUGAAAUUUACUAAAGAAAUCAAAGGAUUGAAGGUAGAGAUAACUCACUGUGGGCAGAUGAAGAGGAAGUACAGAGUAUGCAACGUGACCCGACGACCAGCCAGCCACCAAACGUUUCCCUUGCAGCAAGAGAAUGGCCAAACUAUUGAAUGCACAGUAGCACAGUACUUUAAAGACAAGUACAAGCUCAUCCUGCGAUACCCCCAUCUUCCAUGUCUUCAAGUGGGGCAGGAGCAGAAGCACACCUACCUGCCUCUAGAGGUGUGUAACAUAGUGGCAGGACAGCGCUGUAUCAAAAAGUUGACGGACAAUCAGACCUCCACAAUGAUUCGUGCCACGGCCCGAUCAGCACCAGACCGUCAAGAUGAGAUUAGUAAAUUGAUGAGAAGUGCCAACUUCAACACUGACCCUUACGUUCGUGAAUUUGGAGUGAUGGUGAGAGACGAGAUGACAGAGGUGAACGGUCGCGUCCUGCAGGCCCCUUCUAUUCUUUAUGGAGGCAGGAACAAAGCAAUAGCCACACCAAUUCAGGGAGUGUGGGACAUGAGGAACAAGCAGUUCCAUACUGGCAUCGAGAUCAAAGUGUGGGCUAUCGCCUGCUUUGCACCACAGAGGCAGUGCACUGAACUCCUACUCAAAGCGUUCACUGACCAGCUGAGGAAAAUCUCCCGAGAUGCAGGGAUGCCCAUCCAGGGUCAGCCCUGCUUUUGUAAAUAUGCCCAGGGUGCGGACAGUGUGGAACCCAUGUUCAGACACCUGAAAUACACCUAUCAAGGCCUCCAGCUAGUGGUCGUCAUCCUACCAGGGAAGACGCCUGUGUAUGCUGAGGUGAAACGUGUUGGGGACACGGUGCUCGGCAUGGCCACACAGUGUGUACAAGUGAAGAAUGUUCAAAAAACAACCCCUCAGACCCUCUCCAACCUCUGUCUGAAGAUCAACGUCAAGCUGGGCGGUGUCAAUAACAUCUUACUUCCACAGGGCAGACCGUUGGUGUUCCAACAGCCAGUUAUCUUUCUUGGAGCGGAUGUGACUCAUCCGCCUGCAGGAGAUGGAAAGAAACCUUCCAUUGCUGCAGUUGUUGGCAGCAUGGAUGCUCAUCCCAGCCGUUACUGUGCCACAGUCAGAGUACAGCAGCACCGCCAGGACAUCAUCCAGGACCUGGCCACCAUGGUCCGGGAGCUGCUCAUCCAGUUCUACAAAUCCACUCGCUUCAAGCCCACUAGAAUCAUCUACUACCGCGACGGUAUCUCUGAGGGCCAAUUCAACCAGGUUCUUCAGCAUGAGCUGCUGGCGAUCCGUGAGGCUUGUAUUAAACUGGAGAAGGACUACCAACCCGGUAUCACCUUUGUGGUUGUGCAGAAGAGACACCACACAAGACUGUUCUGUAUGGACAGAAAUGAAAGGGUUGGAAAGAGUGGCAACAUUCCUGCAGGCACCACAGUGGACACCAAGAUCACGCACCCAUCAGAAUUUGAUUUCUACCUUUGCAGUCACGCUGGCAUACAGGGUACCAGCAGACCGUCUCACUACCAUGUGCUCUGGGACGACAACCACUUCUCUUCAGAUGAACUGCAGGUCCUCACCUACCAGCUUUGCCACACCUAUGUGCGCUGCACGCGGUCAGUGUCCAUCCCAGCACCAGCCUACUACGCCCAUUUGGUGGCUUUCCGUGCUCGCUAUCACUUGGUGGACAAAGAGCAUGACAGUGCUGAAGGCAGUCACACAUCAGGCCAGAGUAAUGGCCGGGACCACCAGGCCUUGGCUAAGGCUGUUCAGAUCCAUCAAGACACCCUGCGCACCAUGUACUUUGCCUGAGAGCACAGAGCCCCAGGUCAACUUGGGUGAGACCCUGCUGAUGGACCACACUACCCCUCGCUGUCUCACCAUCACUGUAGAUAGCACCACAGUGGUUUCACAUCAUGAUCUCCUAAACAGACCUGUCAGUUACCAGUUUGUCUCCAGUUGUAUUUCAGUCGACAUGUACAAGCCCCUGACCCACAAAUACCAAACCAGCUAUUAGAGUGUAUGAUGCAAAAGAAUUAGUCUUUGUACGAACAGAGCUGGAAAAGGGUUCACUUUUCAUGUUGUGCAUUAGUAUAUAUUUGUAUUCUUGUAGGGAAAUACGUUGCAAAGUAUGAGAGGAAAAGGAUAAGUUUGUACACUGAUAGAUGAAAUCUACCAUUUCAAAACUAGGGGGCAGGAUCAUUACAGAUAGGGUGGUUUUUAACUUGCUUCUCCUGUUAUGUUUAUUAAGGUCUCGGUGCUUUUCCAGGAGAAGGUGACUUAAAAAAAAUGGGGGCGGGGGGCUCGUUCACUGUUUAUAUGCCUAAUGAUUUGCUUCUCUGACAAACAUUAUUUAUCAGCCAAUCAAAGCAAAGUGCACUGACCAGAAUGGGUACUUCAAUCAGGACAAAAGUACUUAAUAUAUUAAGGGUUGCGUGUGAUUUUUCACAUAGGGCACUAUGUGAUGAAAAGUGCCAUUUGAGACCAUCUUUCUGUUUUUUAUUUCUGUGUAAAACUAUGAACUGUUCGGCCCACGUGUGCUGGGUUUUCAGUAUUUGUCCGUGAUCGACACUGAUGACCGUUUUUAUGCCAAAUCUGAUGACAACUCAGUCAAAGAUUCACAUCAGAUUUGUUCAACCCUUGAACACUUAGUUUAUUAUAGAUGAGGACUUGUAUUGUUUGAGAGAACAAUCCUUCUCAGCCUCUUCUUAGUCUGAACUGAUCAAGUUGCACCAGAAACCUAACUCCCAUCCCGAGAAGUAGUGUAUUGGGACUGGAUCCCAACAAAGACACCUUUUUAAUGUACUCUGAGCCGUGUUGAUAAAAGAAACAUGAUGUAGAAAGCAACACAGGGGAGCACAAUGAAAUCAUGUUUGUUCCCUUGUGUUUUUAUAGUCGAUUUCAGUCAUUUUUCUAAUGAAUAUGCAUGUAGCGGACUCAUGUUUUAGACAUCUAGGCAUUUGUGAUAAUUGUUUCUUUCUUCCUUUAUACUCAUUAACCCUUCUAUUUUUUUAUGUAUAUAGCAGCAGGAUAGUGUUUCUGCAGUGUCUUUGUCGGAGUGGGAUAUUUGUGUGGCGUCUCCAUAUCCAGGCAUUCGGUACUUUGGAGUGAGAGCAGCUGCAACAUUUCAGAACCCCCCCCCCCAACCCCCCAGUAAAUAAAAAACUCUUUAAAUAUAGUGUUCGCUCCUAGAAGCAGGAGGAGAAAAGCAUCGCACAAAGCUUGGGUUUUAUGCAAAUGACUUUUUGUGAGUCUUUAUACUAUGUAGUAACGUUGGUAAUAAGGUAUAUUUUGAAUAAGCUUUCAGUGGAGGCUGCUGAAAUUAUAGAGAAUUUUUUAAUACAACUGGCCCACAUGUAGUCUAAAUCAACACUGUCUAUUUGUAUACAGAUUUUAAAUGCAAAUAUCCUCUUGCCUUGUGAAGACUGUUGAAGUCUUACUAAUAAUUUUAGACAUUUCCUAACUUCCCACCUAAGUUUUACUACCAAGUUAAGCAGGCGAAUGUCCAUAGUCUUGAUUGGAGGCAAGUAGUCUAUGUUUUCUAACUAUGCAUCAUUUGUAACAAAGAGAUUUAGCAGUGAGGUGUCUCACAUGAAUUUGGGUCAUUUGUAGAGAUAGAUAAUCAGGGCUUCUUAUGUUGUUUUUUUUUUUUUUUUUUGUUUUGUUUUUUUAGCUUGUCGCAUUUAGUAGCGUUUCUUAGUGCUUAUCGGCGUCUUCAUGCCUUUCUAACAGGAUGAAGGAUUUAUGUGGUCAUUUUUAUCAUUAUAGAUUUUAUAGUCUGAAAAUUGGGUGUAUCCUUUGUAACACACAGUCUUUCUUAGCCAAACAAGAUUACAACCUUUUACAUGAUUUAAUACUAAUCAAAAGACAUGGAAGCACAAAAAAAAGGACAUCUUGAUUCUAGGUGCUAGAAGUUUUCACUGUAAACCACCUUAAAUCCUCACUGCACUGGUCCACACAGCUUUUUACUCAUUAUGCUAAGAGACGCUUCAUCGUUUUGAGGAUCAUUUUGUCUCCCUUUUCGACCACCUCUGCAUUACCCUUUUUACUCGUCGUUACCUGUUUAAGCAACUAGAAAUCCGACAGACUGUGUUUGUGGGGCAUUCUGAUAAUUAUGUACUUGAUAUUUACUGUUUAUGAUGUCAAUAUUGUUCUUACCGGUGCUGGUCUAACAAAUUUGGAUGCACUUUUGAUAGCAGAAGGUUGGUGUGACUCAGAUAGACGUGUUCCUCAGUCGGAAGCGGGAAAGGCUCGGCCAUAUUGUUGUGACACUGGUGUAAUUGUAUGGAAAUGGCCGUGGGUUCUACCUCUUGUUACCUGUUAAAGUGUAAUGGUAACAUCACACUGCUGGCCAUUUCUGUAUAAUUACCCCUGCUAUCUAUCGAAUUGGCAUUGUUUGAGUCUUGCAUUUGCAGUAGAGGUUUGAAACUUUUCGUAUGCAUGGUGGUGAACUCGCUUUUUCAGUUUGUGUUUUGUUUUUUGUUUUCUAGACUUUUACGCAAACCGUCAAGAGAGGAUUUUAAUUUUUAAUUCAUGUGAGGUUUUGAUUUUAAGCCUUGAGCUGUAUGACCAAAUUUUUGAAGCGUGCAUACAUACAUGUAUUCACACGCAGCUUUCCCUUUUUUUAUUGUUUCAUUUUAUUCUAUGCACCGAUGAAAUGACACCAUAUUCCCACCUGAGCAGUUUAGCAACACAUGCACAGCAGACAUCACAUUUAAACCUUAAAUAUCCAGGAUUCGAAGACAAUGAAAGAACGCAUGUAGGUUCACUGUUAGUUUGCAGGUUAAAAAAAACAUAACAGUAGAAUAACCCCCCCCCCUUGCUAUAAACCUCUCUACUCUUUUACACAUUUAAUGCUUCAGGUUCAAAACAAAUGAGGCUUAGUUAAGUUUUGUUGUUCUUAUGUUAGUUGGCUCUCUUCUGGGAGAUGUGAAUGUUUUCUUCGCUGUGUGAAUACAGGCUUUUUGUUAAUUUUUUGUUGUGUUUUUUUCUUUUGGUCAAUAUUGCCACAAGGGUCCACGUUUUUCAAUCCUCUGAAUGUUAAGUCCUUCGGAUGUCUCUCACAAGGGGAUGUUUUGGCAUUUAGUAUUUAAUUCGAGGAUGCCUGUUAUGUAUUGUGUAGGAGGGUGGAAGGUGAAGUGAAAAUAGAACACUUUUUUUUUUUUUUGCCCACAGUAUCAUGUGUGUCCUUAAAAGGAAAUGGCUUAAAGGUCCAGUGUGUAAUAUUUUGGGGGGAUUUAGGAGGAUGUAAUUGCAGGAAGUGAGAAUUGUGUUUUGUUACCUUGGAGGGAGCCACCGCCGUGUUUCCACAGUAGCUCAGAAUGGACUUCCUCCCCUUUUUUUCCGUUCAUAGCAAGUGGCAUCCAGCCUUAAGGUGCAUUAUCUUCACCGAUUUGAGUUUUACUUCCUUAACUGAAAAGCUCAGAAUGUUUACGUGUUUUUUGCAGCCACUGUAGGUAAUUGAGGAGCAAUUCAUUGGGUUGUAAUAUGCAACUUCGCCACUAGAUGUCACUAAAUAUUAGGGGUGCAACAGUACACGUCGUACCAAACAGUACGCCCCUCACGGUUCGGUACGAGCAUGUACCGCAGUACGGCUCAUUUGUCAUUUUCAAAUGAAUUUCUGGACAACUUCCAUUUAUAUUAGAGCUUUGGAAGAUGACUGACUUACGGAAUUCUACUGUCAUUGGUUGGAGCUGGAUGUGGAGCCCGUCUAAAGCAUUGCAUGGCAGAGCCCAGCCUGAGCCGGACGUGGAGCACAGCCCUUCUACUUCCAACUACCCUUCUCAAUAUUAACAUUAGUAUCCACAUUAGUAAAACCUCCUCUGUCGUCACCAUGUUUGUUAUUACUGACUGUCGUCCUCUCAAAUAACUUUACUCUUCUUCAUGGUAUUCGGCCAGUAUGGUAAUUAAGAGCAGCGCCCUCUUUUGGAUUGACUGAGAAACGAUCAUUCCAACAUACAUGACGCAUGGAAGUAUGGAGGCAGUGACAACAUUAGAAAUGGACGUACCUAUUUACGUACAUAAAGCAAACAUAAAUGAGGCUUAAGGCUCUCCAUCAGCUCCAAGUCACAGCUGGCACAGCUGGGCUAUAGCCAGCCUCUACGUCCGUACCGUACCGUGAACCAUGACUGAAGAACCGCAAUACGCAGUGAACCAUGGGUAACCUGUACCGUUGCACCCCUACUAAAUAUCGCACACUGAACCUUUAAACGACGGCUUUGUACUUGUUACUGCUUAUUCGUGUUUUACAUGACCUAUACCAGCACCUUAGAGUAACAGAUCAGAAUGGCAUUUACUUAUCCUGUAAAACAAAACACAAACCUUGGACGAUGACAUUUUUGCACUAAAAUAAGAAUGGAUUUUUGUAGCUGUCGCAGCAUUUAAGAAUACGCAAAUUAGCAGUCUUUUUCGUCUCCGGUUGGCACGGGUGGCAUUUAAAGACAAAAGAUGCAGAGCAGGGUUGUGUUUUGCUUGAGAUCAGUGUGUAUUCUGCCACGCCAGCUGAUCAGGAGGGAUUCUACCUAGCCAUCCAGCACUCAGAGGUUAAAACAAAAUCCUGAUGCCUUUUUUAAAUGUUACAGAAAGAGUGGCAUUUAGCAUUUGAGUGGGUGGGUAAGGAGAGUGGAACGUUCACCAUACUUAAGUAAAGGAGAUUUGUGUCGGACGUAACUACUUACAUAUCAAAACUUAUUUGAUUACAAUGAGCCAAAAAAAAAAAGAAUGUGUAUUGAACAAAUGAAUACACCAGCCGGGGUGAAAAGUGUCGCCGUUUUUACAAGUUAAGGUGUGUAGAGAGGUGUCAUAACAUUUUAAGCACAGGCGAUGGAAUUGUCAAAACAGUCUUUUUCUUACAACAAAUGAACUCGGCACGUUCACAGUUCGGCAGUUUUUGUAUAUUUCAACUAGACGAGGCCGGGUUUUUAAUUAAACAGCAUAUCAUAAGCUAAUUUAAGUGAUCGGCAAACUUAACCUGGCUUUUUAAUGGAUAAAAGUCUGAAUCCAAAGGAAGCAGGAGCUUUUGAAUCAGUAUCAUGACCCUCUGUAUAGUAAUGUCUUUUCUUUCUGCCUCUCUUCGUCUCUUGUAGAGAAACUAUCGCUGACAUAAAUAAACCUCUUGUAGAGUAGAACCUAUUUUCCUAUUAACAAUGAAUGUACUUAGAGCCUGUGUGGUUUGUCAUAUAUAGUAAAGGCUAUCUGUCCAGUACAUUUAUGCUUACCGUUGCUUCUCGUGUACAGCCUUUACAGCGUUCUUUAUAAACGGCAACAUUUAAGUUUGUUUUUCUAAUUUAUAGGCUUAAAUAACAGCAGAAGGUUCAUACGUUUUUAUCUCUGAUAGUUGAUCGAUUUUAACCAUCACCCACAUAACAGCUAAUAUCUUUCAUUUUGGGGAUUCAGAGGACAGUUGAGGACGUUGGCUACUGUAGUUCGACACUGGUGCAGAGUCGUCAUCCUGUUCCUUGUCGUCUUUUUUUUUUUUUUUUUUUUUUUUUUGCAUAAGCUAACACAACACCUGUUUUUCGCUCUCGGACUUCGGAUUUCGACAUUUUUAUCCAGUCUUUCGCAGUCACCCUCUGGAAUUCAGCUCAGAAUCUCAAAUUUACAGUAGACUUUGUUUUCUUCUUACUUUCCGUGAUUGUAUUGCUACACCGCUGUUUUUUUUUUAUGUUUCCAUAUAGAUUUACAUAGCACUCAUAGCAGAUUUUCCAGUUCUUAAUCCCAGGUGAGCCCUUUUUGGAAGAUCUUUUCUUUUAUCAUGUUCACCCAGUUGUGUAGUAGUGGUCUUUACAGUGAAAAUUUUGUCGAAUAUAUAAGAAAGAAUAAUUUAUAGCCCUUCAUGUUGCAAUGUCUCCAGUUUUACAAGUCAAAUAUUUAUCAAAAAAAAGGACAGGAAACAAGGAUCUUUUGCAUGCAUGUGAACGCAUACCACACAGAGUCAAUGAGUAGAAAUGAAUUAUUAACUUCAUAUAAUUUUCCAGAAAGAUGAUUUCCUGUUUCAGAAAUGCAGGCUGCUUGUAGACCUGGCUCGGGGGUGAAAAAAGCGAGGAAAUGAGCUCAGAAUGUUGGGAUCGUCCUCAUAUGUGACCCAGCAGUUCCUGGUGGACAUUAGGGUCAAGGAACCAAGAAGAGAACUGUUACAGAGCUUCACCAAACCAAACCAAGUAACGCCAUCCAGCUGACCUACAUCCACUCACUUAGAUGGAUGUUUUUGUUUUUGUACAGUGAAAGCAUUUCUAGUCUUCAGAAGGACUUGGCUUUUUAUUUACCAACUCGGAGAAAAACUACCUCAGAGCAGUGUCAGGUGCUAGCUAACAAUAGCCCUAAUUUAUAAUCGUAACAAAAUCGACAAAUUGUAGUGACCAAACCGACACAAGCCAAUAUCACACAAGAGCACUGUUCUUUCUUGAACCUUAAUAAAUGGAAAACCAAGUAAUGACGUAGGACUGGUUGGUUGCUUUAGUUGGUUACAUUUUCGGGGACCAAAUUUUUGUAAUUGGUGGUCAGUUCUCAUUGUUUCAUAUGAGUCUUUUUUUUUUUUUUUUUUACUUAAAUUAUUUUUAGGCGACAAAAGCAACCCUGCACAACCUAUGAGUCCCAUCUGUAAUUGUGAAAUGUGCCAUCGAGGCGUCAGCGUGGACGUAGUGGGCUGUUUGUCGCUGUGGUGGAGUUCAUAUGUAUAGCAAUAACAUUUGGUUGGUAAUUAUUUGUAACGCUCAAACUAUUAGUCAGAACUAUUAACUUGGGUAGAAAAGCAGUCAAAUCCAACGACUAGUUUCCGUGAGUCAUCAUGACAUCUUGUGCUGUUUUUUGCCUAACUAUGUCUUGACAUUUUGGCGCCACCUAUUGUCUGAUUGUCUUUUUUUUUUUUUCCUACUUGAUAGAGCCACUCGACAUAAUCCAAUAAGUAGAUGUUCUCUGCCAUGAUAACCCAGUACUGCAAUAACAUCAGGGCGGACGUCCCUGUCUCUCUGUUUCUACACUUAGAUCCAGCGCCAUGUUUCACAAAAAUCUAGUUUUGUCACACUUGACAAUUUGCAAAGGGAAUACAACACAUUUGGACAUACUUUACAGUGUAUCCACACAUUGUAAACUUCAACGAAAAGGUACAUAUGAGUUUGCGUUUGCUUAACCGAAAACAUCCAGCGUGUUUUGUCGUCGUUUUAUGUGUGCCUUUUGUCGGAUCUUUUUUUCGUCUUUUCCAUCAACCCCAACCUUGGGUUUGUAAAUUCUCUUUUGUUUUCUCUCCACAUAAAGGUUUGACAAAAUCUGCCGCACCACAUAAAAAAAAAAGAAAAGGGUUUCUUUUUUUUUUUUCUUGUUGUAAUUAUCAUGCAACCUUUGCGUGUAGAUGCUGCAUAGAACGAUCAGUAUUUGUGUUUUGCACUUUCAAAGCAGUCUCAAAAUAAAAUUGCCCAAUUGAGGUUGGGCAGAAAGUUAAAAAAAAAAAAAAAAGAAGAAAUAACUGACGAGGUAUUUUAUGCUAUCAAUAGGAAUUAUAAGGAAUAAUAUGACUUUGAAGAGCUUUUCUAAAAAGGUUGAUAUAUCUAUAUAUAUUCAUGAAGUACCUCAUAAGCCUGAUAUAUGCUGCAUUGACUUUUUUUCUUUAGUGUACUUCAUAAUGUCCAGUAAAAUAUACAUUUUUUUCCCCAGUGGGAGGUUUGAACGUCACUACAGGCUGUGCCCACGCCUCGACCAGUCAAUCUGUUGCAACCAAGGAGCGUGUUAAACCUAGUGGCCAAAUGAUAACAUGUCAUUUAUGCAAUUUAACGCAAACACAUUCUCAUCAUAACUUCUCUCAGCUACAGCCGUGUUAUUUUUUUUUCCCCCCCGUGCCGUCGUCUUUUAUUUUCUGUGUCCGCGUAGCCAAAAAUAUCGAUUUUAGUCGACGACGAUUUGAACUGGCGAGACUGUUGACUCAGGUAUUGCCGCUAAAAGGGCUGUAUCUGCUUUUACUGUGUCCCUGUCCUGACUCCGCCCCCUUCGUCUCCCUCCUGCACCUUUGUCUUAACAUAGCCUUAGAUACACAAGGUUUUUCUAUUUGGCCUUAAACAAAUUUUAUGCACUACAAUUCCAUAGACUUGAGAGCUGGAUUCCUAUUGUGACAUUUUUUUUUUUUUUUUUUUUUGUCGUUUUUCUUCCAACUUCACAUCGUGUCAUCGCCGUGUUAUCUACCUCUUAUGAAUGUAGGGGCUGUCCUGGAGUUGUAGUCGACUGCAAAAUUAUACAUUUUCUUAUUGAUUUAAGAAAAGCAGACAAUCAUCUUUAGAUUCUGAGAUGUAUAUUUACACAUAUAUAUAAAAUACUCCCCUAUUCGUUCGUCAAACAGGAUUCCAGGACACUCCAGUUUUUUGUUUUUUUUUGUUCUUCCUCCCCUCAACGGCCCCUUUUUAUUUUAUUUUAUACAUUGCGCUUCUUUUUUUUUUUUUUUUUACAUGAUAAAGCCAUGAUGGAGAAACAAAGUGACCAAAGUCUCUGGGCUAAAAGCACAGCAGCGUGACUUCAAACCUCCCAUUCAUGUAAUAUUUUUGAGCUCAGUUUAAGUUGUCGUUACUUCUUACCUUUCUUUCUCUUUCUCUCUCUUCUCCCUUAUUUAAACCACAACAUGCCAAAACUGAAUUUGCUGUCAUUCCUGUCCUGGUGAGGGUCUUUACGUUGCUGAUUUUAAUUUGUUUCACAUCCACUGCUAAGCUCCUCGUUCUUGUUGUUGUAAAGUUGUAAGCUUUGAUUUCUAUUUUACAUUUCCUUAUUUUUGUUAACAAUUAUGCUUACAGAACACAAGAUAUGCUGUAAACCCUGUUAGGACAUAAUGUGAAUACGUAUCACUUAAUAUAGUUCACUCUUUGGCUUGACUGUAAGUUGCGUUAAUUAAUAAAAAUGUUGGAAAAUGUU